AUGGCAACUAAAGAACGAAAACGUCGUGGGAAAUGGGACGCCUUCAAGUCAGAAGACAAUGCAUCAUCAUCAGGAGCUGGCAGUUCUGAAAAGGAUACUGCGGCUGCUGUUCCGAAAGCAGCUUCUCACAAUUUGAGUGGUGAAAAUUCAUCUUCGGUUAUGACGGAUGAAUUCGGAGCAAAGGAUUAUCGAAAGGAUAUGCCAUUGAAAGCAGACUUCUCGGCUCGCCCUUUAUGGGUGGCUCCUGACGGACACAUCUUUCUGGAAUCAUUUAGUCCUGUUUACAAACAUGCGAGAGACUUUCUUAUUGCUAUUUCCGAGGUUACUCGUUCUAAAAGUUUCAUAACAUUAUCUGAAAUUCAUUCAUUUCAGCCAGUUUGUCGUCCACAACAUAUCCAUGAGUAUCAGUUGACCGCAUAUUCUCUCUACGCUGCAGUAUCAGUUGGUCUUCAAACAAAAGAUAUCAUAGAAUAUUUGGAACGAUUGAGCAAGAGUCAACUUCCAAAAGGAGUCAUUACAUUCAUUCAAAUGUGUACUGUCAGUUAUGGAAAAGUGAAGCUGGUGCUCAAACACAACAGAUAUUUUGUGGAGUCCCGGCAUUCGGAUGUUAUGCAAAAACUUCUCAAGGACACAGUGAUUCAGUCAUGUAUUCUGGAUGAUCGAGUGCAGCCAGCUCAGCAGACAGACUUGUCGGCACAAGAGAAAAUCAAGUUUUCACAUGGAAAUGAAAAUGACGGUGCUGAUAAAGACGGGGCGGAUAAUGCAGAUGGAAAGGUUCCUGCUGACAUUGAUGAAUUCUUCGGAAAAAUGGAUGGGGAUGACGAGGAAGAUGCAGAGAUUCGUAACUUGCAACUGCUCACUUUUGAAAUCAAACAGGAAACAAUUGAAACAGUUCAACGAAGAUGUAUUGAAUUGGAAUAUCCGCUUCUAGCAGAGUACGAUUUCAGAAAUGAUACAAUGAAUCCAAACCUGGGAAUUGAUUUGAAGCCUUCCACAACUCUCCGACCUUAUCAAGAAAAAUCCCUUCGUAAAAUGUUUGGAAACAGUCGCGCCCGAAGUGGUGUCAUCGUUUUACCAUGUGGAGCCGGAAAGACAUUGGUAGGAGUAACUGCAGUCACGACAGUUAACAAAAGAUGUCUUGUACUUGCCAAUUCAAAUGUGUCUGUUGAACAGUGGAGAGCUCAGUUCAAAUUAUGGAGCACUAUUCAAGACAAGCAACUGGUUCGAUUCACAAGAGAAGCCAAAGAUCCAGCACCAUCGGGAGCAGAUGCGACAAAGCCUGUUGUGUGUAUCAGUACCUACUCCAUGGUCGCCUACUCCGGACGUCGUACAUUACAGGCUGAAGAGGCUAUGAAGUUUAUUGAAAAACAAGAAUGGGGACUUUUGUUGCUAGAUGAAGUACACACGAUUCCUGCAAAAAUGUUCCGCAGAGUACUUACAAUUGUACAAGCGCAUUGUAAAUUGGGUCUCACAGCUACACUGGUUCGUGAGGACGAUAAAAUCACGGAUUUGAAUUUUUUGAUUGGUCCGAAGAUUUAUGAAGCGAAUUGGAUGGAGUUGCAAAAAGCAGGUCAUAUUGCCAAAGUACAGUGUGCUGAAGUGUGGUGCCCAAUGACUUCCGCGUUUUAUUCAUAUUAUCUCAGAUCCCAAAUCGCGCGUAAGCUGUUGCUUGCUGUGAUGAAUCCCAACAAAUUCCGAAUCUGUCAAUUCUUGAUUAAAUUCCACGAACGACGAAACGACAAGAUCAUCGUUUUCUCAGACAACGUUUUCGCUUUGAAAAGAUACGCCAUCGAAAUGCAGAAGCCGUUCUUGUACGGAGAAACUUCACAGAACGAGCGUAUGAAGAUUCUCCAGAAUUUCCAGUACAAUCCACGUGUCAACACAAUCUUUGUCUCGAAAGUAGCAGAUACAUCGUUCGAUUUGCCAGAAGCCAACGUGCUUAUCCAGAUCUCAGCACACGGAGGAUCUAGAAGACAAGAGGCACAACGUCUAGGAAGAAUUCUUCGAGCGAAAAAGCAUUCGACUGAUCAGUUCAACGCAUUCUUCUAUUCUCUCGUCUCGCAGGAUACUGUAGAAAUGGGAUAUUCUAGAAAGCGUCAACGGUUCUUAGUGAAUCAAGGAUAUGCGUACAAAGUGGUCAACAGGUUGCCUGGAAUGGAACAGGAGGACUUAAAGUUGGCAACAAAAGAAUCUCAACUUCAAUUGCUUUCACAAGUCCUUGCUACUUCUGAUGCUGACGCAGAGGAAGAGGAUAUUAAGGAAGAACUCGCAGAUGGAACAAUCCGUGUCGCACGUCGUGAAGCAACAAUGGCGUCGAUGUCGGGUGGACAAGGAGCUCAGUAUCAUGCCAAAGCGAAAGCAAUUACUGAGAGGCAUCCACUCUUCAAGCGAUUCCGGCAGUGA